UCCCAGGUUGUAUAUACAGUUUGACAUACACCGUCAGCGAGCUUGUGCGUACGACCCACAUAGCUAGCGUUGUUGACAGUGAUAUAAGUUUUGAAGUCCGAAAUUGAAAGAAACGGACAGAGAGAGUUUCCUUGUUGUGCACCCUGUGCAUGAUACCAUCAAGAGGAGGUAUCGUAUUGAGCAGUUUGUCAUAUCUCCACAACUAAUUCAUAAGGAUGGCAAUGAGCAAAACACUUAAGGAUCUGUGGAGAAUUCGGACAUUACUGAUACUGUUUCUUACCCCGAUUCUGAUAUUGCCGCUUCCAGUACUGAUACCUACGAAGGUACACCUUCGUACCGACCGGUUUCCACUCGAAAAGGAGCCACGCCACAUCUAAACUUGGCUAGUGCCGAUCUAUAGUUUCUGGGCAUCUUAUUUGAAACAUAGUAUUCUGUCCCAUAUACUUGUUUGUGACAUCGGUACAUUCCAUCGUGUUUCCAGUUGACUCAUGAUAACCACAUAAUGAACAGAUGCUGAUCAGGUUCAAUGAGCCAGUCACUUCUCCCCCCGGAUACCUGGGGUAAUUGUCAUGUGACCACUUUCCCAGGUUGUAUAUACAGUUGGACAUACACCGUCAGCGAACUUGUGCGUACGACUCGCAUAGCUAGCAUUGUUGACAGUGAUACAGGUUUUGAAAUCUGAAAUUGAAAGAAACGGAUAGAGAGAGUUUCCUUGUUGUGCACCCUGUGCAUGAUACCAUCAAGAGGAGAUAUCGUAUUGAGCAGUUUGUCAUAUCUCUACAACUAGUUCAUAAGGAUGGCAAUGAGCAAAACACUUAAGGAUCUGUGGAGAAUUCGGACAUUACUGAUACUGUUUCUUACCCCGAUUCUGUUAUUGCCGCUUCCAGUACUGAUACCUACGAAGGAAGGACGAUGUGCGUACGUUGUCAUCCUAAUGGCGGUGUUUUGGAUCAGCGAGUCGCUGCCAAUAUCUGUGACCGCGCUACUGCCCGUCUUUAUGUUCCCCCUCCUCAAUGUGGUCGAGGCUAAAGUCAUAUCAAAGGCUUAUAUGAACGAUACAAUCAUGGUUUUCCUCGGUGGCCUGUGUAUGGCUGUUGCUAUAGAACACUGGAACAUACACAGAAGAAUCGCACUGCGUAUUUUGAUGCUGGUGGGGUCCGAGCCAAGAUGGUUAAUGCUGGGGUUGAUGAUAGCAACCUGGUUCUUGUCGAUGUGGAUCAGCAACACUGCAACGACGGCAAUGAUGAUCCCCAUCGCAAACGCCAUCCUCCUGCAGCUGAAGGAUACCAGAGACCUGUCCAACGACCAGGGAGCAAUUGAAAUGAAUGGAAAAGAAUCAAAUAAUGAAAAAAUAGCUGAAAAAGAAGACCCCGAACCAGCAGUCGACAAGCUACAAUCCAAACUGUCCGAUGGACCAGGGACACCCGAAGAAGCAGAAUUUACCCGUUUGAAGAAGGGCCUAUCACUUUGUAUUGCAUACGGGGCUAAUUCCGGAGGUAUUGCAAGUCUUACAGGAACUGGGCCAAAUCUCGUUCUGAAAGGACAAACAGAUGAACUGUACAGCUCUCGAGGUAUCGAGUCUCCCGUCAACUUUGCCUCCUGGAUGGCCUACGGAUUCCCUCUGUCCGUCGUCGUCCUCAUUGUCUGCUGGGGGUGGCUGAACAUUCUCUACCUCAGAUGCAAGGGCUUCUGUUCGUGCUUGAAGGAUGACCCCAUAAGAAAGCUGCAAGCCGAGAAAGUGAAAAAUGUGAUCUUGACAGAGUAUAAGAAACUCGGUUCUAUCACGUACGCCCAAGCCAAUGUAAUGGUGCUAUUUCUUCUACUGGUUAUUUUCUGGAUCUCGCGAGAUCUCGGCGGAGUUGGUGGCUGGGGAGACCUCUUUGAGGAUAACUUGGUUAAAGAUUCUACCCCUGCUGUUUUGAUGGCAGUGCUGCUUUUUGUUCUUCCUUCCAAACUACCACGUGUCUUCUGUCUCCGGAGAAACAGUUAUGAAAUGACUGAAGAAGAAAAGGCAGAAGCCGACGCUCCUAUCACACCGCUGCUAACAUGGAAAGUCCUCCACGAGAAGAUGCCGUGGGCGCUUUUCCUUCUACUUGGAGGUGGAUAUGCUCUUGCUAAGGGCUGUGAGGAGUCUGGUCUGUCCUACUGGAUUGGUAUUCAGCUCCAGGUAUUGAAGGACCUGAACCCGUGGCUGCUGCUUCUGAUCAUCUGUUACGUGUGUGCCGCAGCAACCGAGGUCACCAGCAACACGGCUACAGCAACACUUGUCAUGCCAAUCCUAUCCAACCUGGCUAUUGGAACUGGAGUGAACCCCUUGUUCUACAUGUUUCCGGCCGCUCUAUCUGUUUCAUUUGCAUACAUGUUGCCCGCCGCCACGCCCCCUAAUGCUAUCGUCUUCGGCUACGGUCAUAUAAAAGUAUCCGACAUGGCGUCAGCAGGUAUCAUGAUGAACAUUUUAGCUGUGCCUCUGUUGCUCAUGGCAACUGCCACAUGGGGGGAUGCCAUUUUCCAUUUUGGUGUCGUCCCAGAGGCUUUCAGGCUAAACUCAACCCUUCCAGUAAACAUCACUUCUUCUUAGAAUGAUACUGCGACUGCACACCGUAGUUUUAUAUACCCACUCAGCUCCACGACAGUUCAAAAGGACCCCUGUCAGAACUAGUUUCGUUCAGUGACAUCACAUGAUACACCUAGGUGUUUAGCAACAAGCAUAAUUACCCACACUCUCUCCUCAGCCACUUCGUGUCAUCGUCGUCAUAAUUACCAAAUUACUUUGGGAUAAUGUCUAAGGGAAAGGAGAGAAAUAUGGAGCAGGAAGCACGUUACAAAGACGAUGUCGUUCAACUCCUCAGUCACUACACGAUGUUCUCAAAACAGAUGUAUAAAAGUUCUAUAGAGAUAACGACGGCAUUCAACAUCCAGCAAUAGUGCUGGGAGAACGAUAAUAGUAAGAUAAUGCCGUAUAUUAUUUUUUACAUUUCUAUUUUUACUUUAACUCGAGGUAUCAAGGCUUCGUCUCUGAGCUAUAACUCUCAAACUAAUAAAUAUCUUUUGCAUGAAACCAUACAUGUGCAAUGACCAUAUGCUCAACUGUUGCUUUAUCAUAUUUUUUCAGUUAUUAACAUUUUACUUUCUCAUGUUUCCCUUGAACAAUUUGAACAUAGUACUGAGCCUCCAAACUAAAAUAUGUACAUAUAAACAAAAUGUUUGUCAGCACUGGUUUUCCAUGCAUAUUGUUACGGUGACCAACUGUUUAUCAGUUUAUUAUAAUUCUCUUGUUUAUCACUAUAUAUAAUAACUGUCCAUAUUUCUUAUUUUGUCCAUCCGCAAAUAUUUGUCAUUAUUACUGUCAGACUUUUCAUUAUGUUGGCAUAUAUGCAUUAGUCAGAAUUUGUACUAAUUUACUUCUUUUCCUAUUAUUGUUUUUCGGAUUUGCAAACAUAUUUAUAGUAACAACUUGAACUAAUGGGUCCAUAAAGGGGGAAAGACAAACAUUUUUUUAGGAGAAAAAUCACAUUCUCGUUCUCGACCUGAGUUUGAUUCCUUUCUAGAUUUAUUCUCUGGGGUCUUGGGGACAGAAGAGCAGAAAUACGAUGAUCGUUUCGAUUUCCUGAUUCGCCUUUAUUACGAAGCUAGAUCUGUCCGCACCAUAGACAAUUCGCCCAAGUUAUAACCGUCUCGGGUCUGCGCCACUUAUGGCUUUCUUCCCACAUUUAACCGAGAUGUUUUAACUUAACUCUGUUCACAUCAGCCUUAAGCAUGACACACUCGCUUUGGUUCAAAAUUAGUUUUUGUUUCAAGUUGAUCGAAGUUCAUUAGCCACGUGACAGAAUCAAGUAUGUAUGUGGUAUUGUAAUUACGUAUGUUUAAGCAGAACAUCGAAACUAAUAUUAGUGAGGACAUGGUGCUGUUAUACUGUACAUUCAUUAGCGUCUUUGUCAAUGUAGAACCCACAAUAAAGAAUGUGUAGUCAUU